AUGUCGACUGAAUGGUCUUUGGACUUCUGUCUGGUCUGUGACCGUCAAACCUUGGGCGCUCCCUACUGUUCCCAAACGUGCCGUCUAGCGGAGCUGGACGAGAUAUCCGGGUCACGAAGAUCGAGCGCAGCCUCUACACAUUGGUCUGAGAUCAACCAAGCUCAAACUCAAGUCGAUGCCCCAGAUAACUCUCGAAUCCUAUCUGCCUCCUCAUCUCAAACCUCACUCGCUUCACUAAAGAGCAACACAUCCACGUCCAAUGUGGACCGGCUCCAAGAUGAAUUGCGUGAUUACGCAUCUUGCUUCGAUCAAGUCCGCGACCUGAAACGACGCAUGACUACCACAUAA